AUCGUGAUAACGUCGAUUAACUAAGAGUAAGGACCGUAUGCAAAUGUUUCAUGUCAAAUUGUCAAACUUAAUCGAUUUCCAUAAAAAACGAAAUUUACGAAACCAAUAAUUAUAUCGUCAAUCAUUAGUUCAUCACAUUAGUAUACGACGAUGGAUCUUUUGAGUAGACAAGGUCUGAGGACGGAUGGUAGGAGAUCCGGUGAGUUGCGUAGGAUUCGUUGCAAGAUGGGUGUUUUCAAUCAACCGGACGGAAGUGCGUACUUAGAACAAGGCAAUACGAAGGUUGUUGCGGCUGUCUACGGACCUCACGAGAUUCGAACCAAUAGGUCUAAAGCACCCACUGAUAGUGCAGUGAUCAACUGUCAAUAUAGUAUGGCCACGUUCAGUAGGAGUGAACGGAAACGGCGACCUAGAGACAACAAAUCGGCUGAGCUCACUUUGCAUCUCAAACAAGCUAUGGCUACAGCAAUCAAAACCAACCUUUAUCCUAAAUCUCAGAUUGAUAUUUUUGUCCAGGUUUUACAAUCAGAUGGAGGAAAUUAUAGUGUAUGCGUUAAUGCAGCUACAUUAGCCCUGAUAGAUGCUGGGAUUGCCAUGGAAGAAUUUGUGAUCUCGUGUACAUCAAGUUUGGCUAAUGGAGAAACACCACUUGUGGAUAUAAGUCAUCUAGAAGAGACAAUGGGUGGACCCAGUCUGACAGUAGCAAUAUUGCCAAUUUCAGGAAAGAUUGCCAUGUUAGAAACGUCACAAAGAAUUCACAUCAAUCAUUUAGAACCUGUACUAUCAGAAGCUGUUCGAGGAUGUCGCUAUAUAUAUGAGAAUUUAAAUAAAAUCAUAAAAAAACAUUAUGAAGAGAUAGGUGGUGCUUUGAAUUGGGGAACUGAGGAGUACAAUAUUUAACUUACAAAUGCUUAACUUUGAAAUUGCAUGUUCAUACUUGAUAUAUUGAUAUGUAUGUUUGUAUAAUUUGUAUUGCGUGUAAAAAUAUGUGUAUAAUAAAUUGUUUUUUAUGACAACAAUUAAUUUUUAAUAAA